AUGGGUAUCUCGCUGACUGGUAAAAUUGUAAUAAUCCUGCUAUGUCUCGGAGUGAUAGCUGGUAUGACCACCAUGAUAGUGUUCUACGUUCAGGACCAAAAUGAGAUCACCACCACUACUUCUUCCACAACCACCACCACUACUGUAGCACCGGAACCGGAUACCCCUUAUCGGGUCGGAGUUGGUAUAGCGGAUAUGACUGGACCGUGCGUGGAAAUCACCUUUAUGGGUUAUGCAGAGUUGGGUCAGACGGGGCAGGGGAUUCACAUGCGCCAGUACUCCAGAGCAUUUAUAUUCGUCAAAGGGAACACCAGGAUUGUUCUAGUUACUGCUGAUGUGCAAUCAGUAGGCAUCGCAGUUCGGCGUGAGGUAGUCAACAAACUGCAGCAGUUAUACGGGGACAUGUACAGCCUUCGCAACGUUAUCGUAACAGGCACGCACACACACAGCGGCCCUGGGGGGCAUUUGGUGGACUUCCUACUCGAUGUUUCGAUACUGGGUUUCUCAAGGGAGACCUACAGCGCAUACGUCGAUGGAAUAACGAGGAGUAUAGUGCGAGCCCAUGACAACAUUGUGCCAGCUCAUCUUUUCUUCAGUCGUUCUUAUGUUAAGGAUGCCCAGUACAAUCGUUCUCCAUUCUCAUAUAACCAAAAUCCUUCCGAAGAAAGAGAAAGGUUCGACAAAAACUUUGACGAUGAGUUAUCACAAGUCCGCAUUGUAAAGGCAGAUGGAAGGCUCCACGGCGUUAUGACUUGGUUCGCAGUUCAUACUACGAGCAUGAAUAUGACCAAUCGGCUUAUAUCCUCGGAUAAUUUGGGAUACGCGGCUUAUCGCAUGGAGAAGGCCCUUAAUCCUAGAAGACCAGCUGGCAAACCAACAGUCGUAGCUGGUUUCUUCUCAUCCAUUCUAGGAGACAUUUCGCCAAACUUGCGAGGUGCACGCUGCGAGUUUUCCGGGAACGAGUGUGACAAUCAGUUCCUGAUAUGUGCUGCCCUGGAGCGGUGCUUCGCUCAAGGUCCUGGGAAUGACAUGUUCGAGAGUGCCAGGAUCAUUGGAGAGAGAGUGUAUCAAGGGGCAAUGGAAGCUCUUCAUAAACCAGGCGAUGAGCUGGUCGGUGAAAUUGCGGUCUUGCACCAGUUUGUGGAUAUGCCAGAACAAGCUGUGCCAAGAUACGAUCCGUUGAUUCAAAAUUUCAACGUGAGUGAAACGGUGACGGGAUGCGUGCCAGCUAUGGGCUACAGUUUUGCUUCUGGCACUAUCGAUGGGGCUAAUGUUUUGAAUAUUACUCAGGGUACAAUCCACGGUAAUCCGCUACUAGACUCGAUCGCGGGAAUUGUGGCUCUACCUACACCAGAAGAUAUAGAAUGCCAUGCUCCUAAACCUAUUCUACUUGCUACUGGAAGGGCAGACUUCCCAAUACCAUGGCACCCUCGGAUAGCCUCGAUAUCUCUUAUCUGGUUGGGAGGUUUUACGAUAUUGGGCGUGCCAGGAGAGCCCACCACGAUGGCCGGCCGGCGAAUGAAGGACGUGGUGGGUGAAGCGAUGCAGCGACGCGGGUAUGAGCCGCGAAUUGCAGUUUCGGCUCUCACCAAUGAGUACAUUCAUUAUGUGUCCACGUUUGAAGAAUACCAGGUACAACGCUAUGAAGCUGCAUCCACGAUUUACGGCCCUCACACUUUGGACAUAUUCCUGAACAAAUUUUACGAUUUCACCGUCGCUGCUAUAAACGGUACCAACGUCCCACCAGGUCCUGAGCCGGCAGACCACGUGAAUGGUACCAUCACACUGAUCAUGCCAGUUGUACUGGAUACAUCAGCAAUAGGCAGAACCUUUGGGGACGUGAUAGAACAGCCGCCAGAAGUGGUGAACAGGGGGGACACUGUCAGGGUUGUUUUUGUUGGAGCUAAUCCCAGAAACGACCUUCGCCAGGAGUCCAGUUAUACAGUAGUGGAGAGACUUGAGCUUGGCCAAUGGUUGCCAGUUGCCACCGAUUCUGACUGGGACACCAAGUUUCAUUGGGAGCGGGAAGGGGAUUCGAAUACCGCGAGUCGGGUGACCAUAGAAUGGCACGUACCGAAUGACGUCAUCUCCGUACCGUACCGCAUUGUGUACCGCGGCGCCGCGCGGAGCAUUGUAGGGGGCGGCGUUACUCAGUUCGAAGGAGUUUCUAGAAACUUUACGAUACAAUUUUAAUAAGUAUCCCCUUUGUCUGUGUUAUGAAUGUACUCGAGAUAGUACAUUCUAUGGUCAUUGAUUUAAGCUAGAAAUGAUUACCGAUCUUAUUGUAUACAAAUAAGUUUACACACUUGUAUUAGAAUUCUACGUAGUGUUUUAUGUUUAGCUGUCAUACCGUUGGUCAGUUCGGUAAAGAAAGUCUGUCUUGGUCUCAUUCAGCGUCCUUGCGCGUUAAGGCGUUUACUUUGACCCGCGUUUGGUCGAUACUGUGAAACUACAGAAUUACGUGCGUUACGUGCAUUCCUGGAAUGCACAUUAGUAUAUUUAAAAUUCUCUUAAAUCAAUUACAGCUAGUUCAUAAGCAAUUUUAAAAAUUCAAGUCAGUCUGUUUGUAGUUUCUCUAGUACCGGUUUUAAAGGCGGAUUGUAACGACAAGAAUCCUUAAAGAAACUCAGCAGUUUGCCCUUUUUGAGCAUCAUUUUACAGUUAAACAAUCACUAGAAUGUUUCUAUCUUCUGAGAGAUAAAAACGAGCGGCCUGGUUCCAAGCACUCUAAGCAGCCUUAUCGUUAAGAAAUUUAAUAA